CCAGCUCUCUCAGAUAUGGAGGCAUCGCGCGGGCCCCCUAGGGUCAAAAAUAAGGCUCCUGCACCUGUCCAGAUCUCAGCGGAGCAGCUGCUCCGUGAGGCUGUUGACCGGCAGGAGCCCUCACUACAGGCGCCUACGCAACGGUUCGCGGAUCUAGAGGAAUUACACGAAUACCAGGGUCGCAAGAGGAAGGAAUUUGAAGACUAUGUACGACGGAACAGGAUUAACAUGAACAAUUGGAUGCGUUAUGCCGCAUGGGAGUUGGAACAAAAAGAAUUCCGCCGGGCACGAUCGAUCUUCGAACGAGCGCUGGACGUCGACUCGACCUCUGUGCCACUAUGGAUCCGAUAUAUCGAAUCCGAAAUGCGAAAUCGAAAUAUUAAUCAUGCGAGGAACUUGCUUGACCGCGCGGUCACGAUUCUGCCGCGUGUGGAUAAGCUCUGGUACAAGUAUGUCUAUAUGGAAGAGACUCUGGGGAACAUUCCUGGUACACGGCAGGUCUUCGAGCGCUGGAUGUCGUGGGAACCGGAUGAGGGUGCAUGGAGUGCGUAUAUCAAGUUGGAGAAGAGGUACAAUGAGUUUGAGCGGGCAAGGGCGAUCUUCCAGCGGUUCACGAUUGUGCACCCAGAACCGAGAAACUGGAUUAAAUGGGCUCGCUUUGAGGAGGAGUAUGGUACUAGCGACUUGGUAAGAGAGGUAUAUGGGUUAGCUGUGGAGACGCUGGGUGAGGACUUCAUGGACGAGAAACUGUUCAUCGCCUACGCCAGGUUCGAAACGAAGCUAAAGGAGUAUGAGCGCGCGAGAGCUAUUUACAAGUACGCUCUUGACCGGUUACCUCGCUCGAAAUCGAUUACUCUCCACAAGGCGUACACCACGUUUGAGAAACAAUUCGGUGAUCGCGAGGGUGUGGAGAAUGUCAUUCUCGCGAAGCGUAGGGUCCAGUACGAGGAGCAGCUCAAGGAAAACCUGCGCAAUUAUGAUGUCUGGUUCGACUUUGCGCGCUUGGAAGAACAAUCAGGGGACCCAGAACGAGUGCGCGACGUGUACGAGCGGGCAAUAGCGCAAAUUCCUCCUUCCCAGGAGAAACGACACUGGCGACGAUAUAUCUAUCUAUGGAUCUUCUAUGCCCUGUGGGAGGAAAUGGAGGCCAAAGACAUCGACCGCGCUCGUCAAGUCUAUACAGAAUGCCUGAAACUGAUUCCCCACAAGAAGUUCACAUUUGCCAAAGUGUGGCUUAUGAAAGCGCAGUUUGAAGUGCGGCAGCUGAACCUCCAAGCUGCGCGUAAGACUCUGGGCCAAGCAAUUGGUAUGUGCCCAAAAGACAAACUGUUCCGUGGUUACAUCGACCUGGAACGGCAACUAUUCGAAUUUGUACGGUGCCGGACGCUGUACGAAAAGCAAAUCGAGUGGAAUCCGUCCAACAGUCAAUCUUGGAUACAGUACGCGGAAUUGGAACGCGGCCUAGAUGAUACCGAGCGUGCGCGAGCCAUCUACGAGCUUGGCAUCGACCAGCCAACCCUCGACAUGCCGGAGCUUGUCUGGAAAGCCUACAUCGACUUCGAAGACGAUGAAGGUGAAUACGAGCGCGAGCGGCAACUCUACGAGCGCCUUCUGCAGAAAACAGAUCACGUCAAGGUCUGGAUCAACUACGCACGCUUUGAGAUCAACGUUCCAGACGAAGAGGAAGAAGAGGAAGAGGAAGAGCGCCCAAUCAGUGACGAGGCCAAGCGGCGUGCCCGAGCUGUCUUUGAGCGUGCACACAGGGUCUUCAAGGAGAAGGAGCUCAAGGAAGAACGAGUGGAACUGCUCAACGCGUGGCGGGCGUUUGAACAUACACACGGGUCACCAGAAGAUAUCGACAAGAUCGAGAAACAGAUGCCCCGGCGGGUCAAGAAGCGGCGCAAGCUGGAUGACGACCGGUACGAAGAGUACAUGGAUUAUGUGUUCCCAGCGGACGACCAGUCGGCAGCAAACCUCUCAAAGCUGUUGCGGAUGGCGCAUCAAUGGAAGCAGGAGACUGCGGGUGGACAGCAAUAG